GAGACAACCACUCAGGCGUUGCCUCCAGGUGGGGUGGGUGGUGUACUAUGAGAAUGCAUGGUAUAAUCCAAUCCUGAGCGCCACCACCAUUUUCAGGCAUCCAGCUGGACUCAAAACUUUGAGCAACGUAUAUAGAGCUGACGCGACCAAGUGCCGACCCUUCAAAUGAUCUUGGUCGAUUUGUGAGAUGGCUUAUCAUGAUCCAACAGGACGUGAUCGUUCUGCUCGGCGGGGUGAAAGUGGCAGGGACGAUCCACCUCGCCCAUACGUGUCAUCGAACAUCGAAGAUUUCUAUAAUGUGAGAAUUGACGAUGUGAGAAUUGAGCGCUCUUCGGAUCCGCCUCCUCUACCGGAAAUACAUAUACUAGCACCCGAUGAGCCGAUCCACAUCAUCACACCACCGCCUCCUGCUUUUGCUGCAAGCAGAUCCAGGAAUUCAAGGUCACACAAUGUCGAGAAGGCGGAAUAUGCCUUUGUGCGAAGGCAUCGACGAGCCUCGCGAGACCAUCCUGAUCGAGCGCACGACUUGAAGAUGAACGACGAGUUCAUCGAGGAAUAUACACCGAAGGACGAUGAAUAUCGCAUGCCGAGCAUCCAGCAAAACUAUAGACCACGACUCCCCCGCCCGCCGCUCAAGCCGUAUUCAUAUGAAACAUACAACCUGGCAGCCGAAAUACCACCCGAGCCAAUCAUUCUCACCGAGUCAGUGCCUCAUAGAAAGAAGAACUCCAGGCAUCGGUAUGGACAUGAUUCCCACGUCCCAUCUGGAGAAUCCAGCGAGAUGGGUGGAGGAGGAGGUGGCGGAGAUAUACAAACCUCAGCUGUCGAAGAAGCCCAACCAACGCCCAAAACUCUGAAUUCCAUCAUCAUAUGCGUUUACAGAAACAGCAGACGAAACUUCGAGCAAAGAAGAGUGUGGCUGGUGAAGAAAGACCAUAGACACGAGCAGCAUCUACGCACCUCUCAUCUCCGUACAGACGCUGCCUUCUUCGACGAGAUUCGCUAUAGAUACAGGAACCAGCUUCGCGGCACCUUUAGACGAUAUAUCAGUUUCAAGACAGUCAGUACAGCAAGGAUAUUAGAGUACGGGAACAAUCGAUUCGGGCUUGCGAAUGUCAACGAGAAGCUAUUCUCACCCGUUUUCAUGAAAGCAUACAACAACCCAGACGGCACUCUACUGGACCCAAGGAAACAUCCAAAUGAUCCUACCAUCACAUCAAGCGACUGGAUCCUAUGGUUCUGGGCCAAACGCCGUCACCUAGUCGACGCCAAAAAGGUCAACUUAGCCAUCGAGCUGGUGGAGGACUACGAUCCCACUCGCGUCAUGGGCGCCAUCGCGAUAGCCCUUUUCAUCUACUUCACCCUCACCAUUGUCUGGCUCGCCAAGGGCGGAGAUCCAGGAUAUGUGGCUGGAGUGAUGUCGUUUGUCCUCUCUAUUCUGGCUGUUAUGGUUGGUCUCACUGGCUUGUAUGACUGGCUAGAUCUAGGACAUAUGGGCGGUGGGAAAGAUUUCCUCGUCUUAGAUCAUGGUGAUUUCGAAGAUGCUGGACGGAACGGCUGGGGUGGACCAACAACAGGCGAGCCAUAUCCUAGACGCUCAACAAGGCUGUACUGAAGCUAUCAAGAUGCAUGAUGGUUGCAACGUGGCGGUGUGGGCAGAGAGAGCGAGGAUCACUCUCACUCUCACUCUCACUGAACAGUUGCUCCACCACCUCGGUAACCAUCUUGCCUUUCCACAAGCAUGUUGCACUCGUCCGUUCUGACCUGAGAGCCCGCUGCCCGAGCCCAGGAAGAGCUAUAUAUACUCCAUUCCGAACUCGACCACAGCAAUCAAACUUCCAGAACUUUGACGGCCUACUGCGGCUUCCGCAGCUCCGUCCACGU